AUGACAGACUUGCUCAAAGAAGUGUUCAGCAAUGUGACCAUCUAUCCGACAAUUGGCAAUCAUGAUGCAUUUCCGUCCAAUCAGAUGCCAGCCGAUGAAGGCAGAGACUAUUACGAUCAACUGUUGAAAGUUAGCAAUUGGAAUAUUCUGCUAAAGCCUGAAGAACAAGAUCAAUUCCUAAAAGGUGGCUUCUACUCCUGCCUAAUCCGUCCUGGCCUGCGAAUCAUUUCGUUGAACACUAACCUCUACUACAGCCUUGAUAAGGAAACCGUCAGCAAGACUGACCCUGGCAAUCAGUUGCAGUGGCUUGAUCAACAGUUAAGAUAUGCUUCUGACCAUGGGGAAAAGACCAUCCUAAUGGCUCACGUUCCGCCUGGCAGUUUUGAGAGGUCCCUGAACAUAACAUGGAUGUAUACGGCCUUCAAUGAUCGACUGGUUGAUAUUCUCAAGAAACACAAUCACGUUAUUUCGGCACAGAUUUAUGGGCAUGAGCACACAGACAGCUUCAAAAUUAUCUAUGAUGGCAAAAUUCCGGUGUCUGUUUUACUGAUGGCCCCAGCAGUAAGUCCAAUGAACAGUUCAUUACCAGGAGUUGGUCCAAACAAUCCCGGAAUUCGUUUAUACUUCUAUCGACGAACAACAGGAGAAAUAAUUAAUUAUCACCAAUACUACCUGAAUCUUAAAAAGAUUCAUCCAGUUUCUAACUCGGCGAACUGGGAGCUUGAAUAUCGUGCGCUGGAGGACAUGCUUGUGACCGAUAUGAGCCCACAAUCCUUUGACAACCUUGUGAAAGAAUUUCCCAAAAAAGAAAUGGCCAAGUUCCAAAAGUAUCUCCAGUACAACACGGUGUCUUACAGAGAGAAGAGCACUCUGAAACCCGAUGCUAAAGAAUUCCAGCAGCAUGUCUGUGCCAUCACCCGCCUGACCACGGACUCGUAUCAGGCCUGCAUAAGCAUGUCCCCAAAUGCCUAUCUCCUUCUUAAAUCACCAGAAGGGCCGCAGUCUAAAAAUAAAGGACCUGAAUUGCCAAUUUACACAUACUAUGUGGUGACAGCGUUUGCAGCUUUAACUUUCCUUGUCCUUGUCGUGAUGUCUGUCGUACGUAAGCAGUGUACACGGACACCUGCCUUGCCAUUCAGAUAUCGACCUCUAACCAACGACUGCCAAUAUGUACAGAGAGAGCGGGCAACUUGA